CCCGGCCUCUACCACCCUAGCCCAAAAGAAAUCUUCAGCUGAAUUCGAAAGGAAUUUUUUAAGUGAGUAAACUUGCAAGGAGAAAAAAAUGCAAUGCUCUAACAUCAUCUCAGUGUCAACCAUUCACCCCAGAAAGCUCAAAGUUUGGGACUUGCACUCAGAGUUAUCAGUUGGUCCAAGCCAAAUCCGUACCCAGAGGCAGAGCAACUUUGAAGACUAUGAUGUAAAGCUUCCUCUGCCUUCCCAUGUCAACUCCAUAACGAGCACCUCUAACCCAUUCGUGAAACACUGCCACAAGCUUCGCCAGAGUUCAUCUUAUCGCCACAGUCAUCGUUCAGCUCUCGUUGUGGGUGCUACUCCUAUCAGGGAAAUAUACAGGUUCCAGAGGUCAUCGCAAGAGAAAACUGUUAUAAUAGAUUGCUUGCUUCUACUUGAAAAAGCUGAGGUCCCUGAGUGGAUUGAUGAUUUCUCUGUUCGUAUUGUGGAAGUGAGCUCUGUUGUGAUGAAAAAACUUUCGGGGAUGCAAUCAACUGAAUCUAUUGAAGCAAUUGCCCUAAUGAGAAUGCCUACCAGUUUUUCAGAUAUAGAUUCUGAAGAAAAGGAGGUAAACUGUAAGACAUGGUUUCCCUCACUCCAUCGAGUUCUAGUCCUUGAUGGCGUCCAGGAUCCGGGUAACCUUGGUACGCUGCUCAGAUCAGCUAUGGCUUUUGGAUGGAAUGGUGCUUUUCUUCUUCCUGGAUGCUGUGAUCCAUUCAAUGAGAAGGCACUUAGAGCUAGCCGAGGAGCCUCAUUUCAGCUCCCUAUUGUUUCUGGUACCUGGAAUCAUCUUGAAUCCCUGCAAAAUGAAUUCCAAAUAAAGAUGCUGGCUGGCCAUCCAGGGACCGAUGAAAAACUGAAGCCAGUGUCUCACCUCUCUCAAAAGCUUGCAGAUUCUUUUGUAGAUGUGCCGCUGAGCUUGGUUUUGGGCAGUGAAGGAAGUGGGCUGUCUGAGAAAUCUCGACGGCUAUGUGAGCUUGUAAGCAUUCCAAUGGCAGGAGAGUUUGAGUCACUCAAUGUUUCAGUUGCAGGUGGGAUUUUCUUGUAUGUGUUGCAGCCUAAAAACCAUAAAUCUUUAAUGUGAUUCUUUACACUUUGGGAUGGUCAAUAUCUGUGCAAGUCUCCCUUUCAAAACUGUGUGGUUUCUUAUUCUGAAGGGGUCAUAUGUAUUCAGAGAUUAGGAGGGUUUUAGACCUCCAUCUACUGGGUGUGGUGAUCAUGCUUUCGGGUGUAUAUAACAUAACUAAUAAUUUCAAGCCA